AUGAAUCAAGAAGAUAUUAAAGAAAUCACAUUUACUGAAUAUUAUGAAGCUAAUUCUGAAAAACUCGAACUAUCUAAAGCAGUACAACUUCUUAUUGAAUUUAACAAUUUAAAUUUCAUAAUUCAAUGUUUAAAUUCACAUGUUGAUAAAUUAUCAGAAAUUUUUGCUUAUUGGGCAACGUAUUAUUUAGAAUACGGUUAUAGUAUUGAAUAUACUGAUGAUAAUGAAAGACAAAAAGAUAAAAAAAGAAGUAUUGAAUUGUAUAAAGAUGCUGCUGAUAGAUUUUAUCCUGAUUCCGCAGCUCGUUAUGCGGUAUAUCUAAUGUCUAAUUAUAAGAAAGAUGAUGAUGAAGAAAUAAUGAUUAAAUAUAGACAAAAUAUUCUUCAAUAUCUUCAUAUAGCAGCUGACAGAGGACAUUCUGAUGCUUACUGUUAUCUGGGUGAUAUUUUUUGUAAUGAAAGCGAAAAUGAUGAUUUAAAAGAUCAGAUUGAGAAAUUGAAAAAUGAAUUAGAGAGACAAAUGAAAGAUAAAUAA